AUGAAGCGCCUCUCGGUCGCCCCGGCGCGCGGCAGCCUCGUAGGCAUUUACAACGGGGAGGAGUUCGUCUUCGAGGAGAGCGGCUGGUACCUCGUCAACCUUCUCAAGCUCCUCUGGCACUACGGGCUCAACCCCCUGCGAAUGUACAUGUGGGUGGAGGACGUCCUGGACAAGUUCAUGCGGUACGUCGGGCCCCCGGCGAGGGAAGAGGUGGGAGAGCGGCUGCAGGAAAAGGAAGAAGGUCGAGAUAAGUGCUGGCGUCUUCGGACGGGGGUAGAAUCGGGCCUUUGGUCAGUAAAAGGGGGGAACAAACUCGUCUGCACCGGCCUUAUCUACGCCUCCAAAGCCGAUGUUAUCCCCGCUACGGUUUUGUCUAUAGAGCCGAAAAUCAGACCCAGACCCACAGGGGACCCGGUGAAGCUCUACCAGGUCACUUACAGCACUGCGUCGGGACAGACGGCGGAUACGUACGACAUCGUCGUCAUCGCCGCUCCGCUGAGCCGCAAAAUGGCCAACAUCACCUUCAAGAACUUCGACCCUCCUGUCCCGGAGUUCCCGAAUCCUUACCACCAGACCGUCACGACGUUGGUGCACGGACGAUUAAACGCCUCCUUCUUCGGUUACCGGGACCCAUCCGCCUUUCACCUCGGCGCCAUCUUCACUACGGAGAAUCCCAAACUCUUCGUCAACAGCCUGGGGGUGGUGUCUCCCGUGGAAGACGUAGGCGGCGAAGGGAAGCCGCCCUCGCCAUCGGCCGUCUGGAAGGUGUUUUCAAAGGAGGCGCUCACCAAAGAGCAGCUCAGCUUGCUUUUCUCCUCCUACGACUCCGUCAAAGCGAAGAGCUGGUUGGCGUACCCCCGCUACAGCCCCCCGGAAAAAUGCCCUCCCGUCAUCCUCCACGACAAAAUCUACUACCUGAACGGCAUCGAACGGGCCGCGAGCGCCGUGGAGAUGAGCGCCAUCGCGGCCAAAAACGCCGCCCUGCUCGCUUACCACCGGUGGUACGGCAACAGCGACAGGAUCGACCAGGAGGAUUUGCACGAGAAGCUGAAAACGGAGCUCUGAGCC